CUGCCGAGCCCUGGUCCACCCUGCUCGGCGUCUCAGGACCCGUCCGUCCCGUCCAGUCCUGUCCCGUCAUGAGCUCCACGCAGUUCAACAAGGGGCCGUCGUACGGGCUCUCGGCCGAGGUCAAGAACCGGCUCCUGUCCAAAUACGACCCGCAGAAGGAAGCCGAGCUCCGCAGCUGGAUCGAGGGACUCACCGGCCUCUCCAUUGGUCCUGACUUCCAAAAGGGUCUGAAAGAUGGGGUUAUCUUAUGCACGCUCAUGAACAAGCUGCAGCCAGGCUCAGUCCCAAAGAUCAACCGCUCCAUGCAGAACUGGCACCAGCUAGAAAACCUCUCCAACUUCAUCAAGGCCAUGGUCAGCUAUGGCAUGAACCCUGUGGAUCUGUUCGAGGCCAACGACCUGUUUGAGAGUGGAAACAUGACGCAGGUGCAAGUGUCUCUCCUUGCCCUGGCUGGGAAGGCCAAGACAAAGGGGCUUCAGAGUGGUGUGGACAUCGGAGUCAAAUAUUCAGAAAAACAACAGCGGAACUUUGACGAUGCCACCAUGAAGGCCGGCCAGUGUGUCAUUGGACUGCAGAUGGGUACCAACAAGUGUGCCAGCCAGUCAGGCAUGACAGCCUACGGGACCCGGAGGCAUCUGUAUGACCCCAAGAACCACAUCCUACCACCCAUGGACCACCGCACCAUCAGCCUCCAGAUGGGCACCAACAAGUGUGCCAGCCAGGUGGGCAUGACAGCUCCAGGGACCCGGAGACACAUCUAUGAUACCAAGCUGGGGACAGACAAGUGUGACAACUCUUCCAUGUCCCUACAAAUGGGCUACACGCAGGGUGCCAACCAGAGUGGCCAGGUCUUUGGUCUGGGCCGCCAGAUCUAUGACCCCAAGUACUGUCCCCAAGGCCCGGCUGCUGAUGGGCCUCCAGCCAACAGCACCUGCCCAGGCGAGGCCCAAGACUUCCCAGCCUUCUAUCAGGAAGAGGCUGGUUACUGAGGCUCCCACAGCAGCUCCUGGAGGUGUUGGGUUUUUCUGUUUUUUUUUUUUUUUUUUUUUGAGACCUGGUCUCUCUCUAGCUGGCCUUGAACUGAAGCCUCCAUCCUCCUGCCUCAGCCUCCCCAAGGGUUGGAUGAUAGGCGUGAAGACACCAUGCAUGGCAUUUUUAAAAAGCAUGUUCAGUUCAGUGUUGCUUGAUAUAUGUUUAUGGGCAUUUAGGCAGCUCAGGCUGUUUUUUCUCCCCUGUGCCUUGCUUUCUUACCAGAAGUGAAACUCCAGAGACAAGAAGGUCCCCCUGGAAUCCCCAGGCUGUAGCUUCCCAGCAGGCUGUGGGAGCAAGCUUUGUGUCUGUGUGUGUACGCAUGCGCGGCCUUGACCCCCAGUAGUUUCCGGCUUCUUCAUCUCUUUCCCCAGCAGCUUGUGGUUUCUUAACCCAUGGAAGUUUUUAGCAGUUUGAAGAAAUAAAAAUAAGCUUUUUUUUUUUUAAAUGAGGUGGAGAUGGGGGCAGAAAGCACUGGGUGAUUGGCCAAGACUCAGGCAUUUGAGGAACUGUGUUUCCCUCAGCGGACAAACUUUGCCCCACCCUAUAGCUCUGAAGGGAACUGAGGUCCUAAUAGGACAAUGGAAUUGUGGGUGAGGGAAAGCCAGAUGUGUCUCCUGCCCCUUACUCUCUCCUAGGCCUCUGUUAUCCCGAGUGCUGCACACCACCCACCCAGGGCCCUGCACCAUUAGAUAAUGUGAAAUACUGAGUGUGGACCAAAGUAAUAAAAACCUUUCUGUGUUGAAGAAAAGGCGA